CUCUCGAUGUGUCCCGCCUCGCAGCCGCCGCCUCUCUCUGCCCCAGAGGGGAAGGCGGAGCCGGACCCGAAGCCGGACCGGGGCCAUGCCAGGGGUUGGGGCCGGGCUAAGGCUGGCGCUGCUGGGAGCGCGGCGGGCGGCGGGCUGGAGCCGCGGUGCUGCCAUGUCUUCUCAGUCUCACUGGUUAACAACAGAGGAGAGGAGCCAAGUUUUACUUGAUCUCAAAGCUUCAGGCUGGUCUGAGUUGGGUGAAAGAGAUGCCAUCUACAAAGAGUUCAAUUUCAAAAAUUUUAAUCAGGCUUUUGGAUUUAUGACACGUGUUGCUCUGCAAGCAGAGAAGAUGAAUCACCACCCAGAGUGGUUCAAUGUCUACAGCAAGGUUCAGAUAACUCUGAUUUCCCACGACUGUGGUGGACUGACCAAGAGAGAUGUGAAGCUGGCUCAGUUUAUUGACAAAGCUGCUGCCUCAGUGUAAUCAAGAUGUGAAACACUUUCCUACAGCAUCCACCAGUAUUUUGUGUUUAAAUGGGAUCCCUCCUUCCUUGUAAUUGAUUUCACAACCCCACUGAGGCGAGAUACUUUGUAGGAAGAGUGGCUUAGCUUGCUUUGCCUUUUAGUCUGAGCCCCCUGUACUAGUCCUUUGCUAUCACCAGCUCUGCCUGAGGAUGGAGCAGAUACAUCAGCAACAAAUAAGAACCAUGGAAUAAUCAUGUUUGGAAAGGACCUUCAAGAUCAUCGAGUCUAACUGUCAGUACAAUUUGGAGCAAUCCUGUUCUUGGAACUAAAGCAAGCUGGAAUGAAAGUAGGAGCCCACGUGUCAGUGUUCCCCAAGUCCCCAGGAGCUGAGGCUGGUGGCAGCUGCCACAUGAACCUGCCCUGUGUCCAGAUGCUUCCCUCCAAUGCAUCUGUACAUCUCUGCACUUCAGACAGCAUGGGAGCAACCAGACUGGGGCAGUCCCCUCUGCCUUGGCACCUCCAUCUCUGCUUCUGACUGCUGACAAGAACAGGGAUGCUGGUGAGAGGUGUGCAAGCAGCUGAUGAUGUUUCCUUUUGGUUACAGCUUUGCAUUUUGGUGUUUAUUUGGUGCUUGUCCAAUGGCUCUUCCAAGACAUCUGCCCUCUUGGCAUCCCCCAGCCUGACGGAUACAUCCAGCACAAGUCUGGAGAACCCUUCCUCAGCUGAGAUCCUGCAGUUGCUGAAAACGUAAGCUCUGGUCCAGAAAAAAAUAAUCCUAGUCAGCUUCCAGCAUUCACAUCAUUAAAGGAAGCCUGUGCUUCAGUAGUUGGCUUGGGUCAGUGCUCAGCACCCUGCAGGUUUGAGCCAUUAUUUGUGUUGUAUUUUUCCUGUACCCUCUGGGUUGGGGUGGCAGAAAGCUUUGCCAGGCACCCAGAGCUGCUGGUGGUGGAGGAAGCAGCAUUAGCAGGAUUCUUGCUCAGCAGGGCUCAGCUGAAGCUGUGUUCACCAUUGUUUUGUUUUGUUUUGUUUUGUUUUUUAAUGCAGCUACAAUUACUCAUCUCUCUAAGUUCUUCCAAGAGCUGCAGAUCCCUCUGACCAAGUUUAAAAUAACUUCCCUGGUUUGAAAGUCCUUCAUUUUUUUAUCUUAUGAUCCUGCCUGAGACAGAUUUCCACUGCUGGCAGAGAGAUUUCCAACCUGUUUAAACCUUGGAGAAGGACCUGGUCCUGCUGCCCGAGUGUCCCCAGCGUGCAGCAUCAUGCCCAGGGUGGGGAGAUUGACAUCUCCAAAAUGCCAGAGAACAUUGCUGGGAUGGCACUGGUGGCACAGCUCCUGGCUACCCACAAGUGAGACACGUGGGGUGCCAAAAUCUCUUGUCAGGUGGAUGUAGAUGUGAGGUGGGUGGUCUGGGAGCUGUUUGGGAUGCAAAGUGCCCGUGGUUGCUGAGCAAGUAUUCGUGGAUGUAAAAUCCGAGGGGUAUUUUGAGUAAUCCCCUGGCACCUGCUACCUGGUGGUGGGAAAGGGACAGUGUUGGGGUUUCUUGUUUCUUGAGGUAUCAAGUUCAUGCCUAAAAAUCCCCAAAUUUGGAUGAGUUGCUCAAGUGUUCUUAGCUUUCAGUGCCUUUCAGCAGAUUUCCCUGAUAUGGUUUGGAAAUGAUGGCUGUGGGGAGGAACAACUAAAAGCAAACCAAACAACCAGUCUGUGAUGUCUCUUCUUCCUGAUGGGGAAGUAAAAGGAGCUUCAUGCAAAGUUUUGGCAAUGUAUCAAACGAGCUG